AGGCGGCCUGAUGUUAAAUAACAUACAUGUAUAUUACUACACAAUACAUUAUACAUAAUCAAGUAGUUUUCAUCUCUGUGGCAAGCAGACAAUGUGACAAGAGUCGAAUUUGUUAUUUUCAUAGCAACACUGAUUAAAGUUGUGGUUCAUUCUUAACAUAUUCCGCAGUGAAGUAUAUCACAUAAGGGCUGCUUUGUUCCAAGUUCAUACUGAUGACGAUGCACAUAAAUGUUGUCUUUGUAAUUAUUUAAUCUCUUCUCAAAUGACUUUAUUAGUUUUCCCCAAAUAUUUAUUUUGAAAUAUUUUGCUGAACGUGACCGGAAGUCAAUCUUUCUAUUGGGUCUAGCUUCACAUUGUUCUAGAAAAAGGUUAGGCAUUCAUGUCUUGCGUGUGAAACGAAAUUAAAAUUUACCCUUCGAUUAACUAGACAUUUCCCUGGGAUCUAAGAUCGCGCCAUGUCUGAGUCUUCACGCUUCCAUUCGCAGUUGGCGUCCAUUAUGGAGGUUCUCGCGAACGCUGCGGUGGCGGAAAUAUGUGAGCUCGUGGAGGAUGGCUAUGCGGUCCUGCGCUUGGAGAUUUCACGUAGGGAAAAAGAAAACGAGGGUUUACGAAGAAAACUGCACGCCCUUGAAUUGCGAGUGGCGCGUGAAAAUGCACAACGUUCCGCUGGCAGCUACGUUUGUCUUGAACGAGCAAAGCGUUGUGAACCCCGAUGUCGCGUGGAGAUGGAGCCAAGCUGCGAUUCAGCAGGAACAGAUCGCGUUCAUACGGAAAUCCAGUCCUCUCCGACUGCCUCUCAAGCACAGCCAAAAGAGGAGUGUGAUGUCAUUCUGAUUGGGGAAAGCAGUAACUUCCAGACACAGGAGGAUGAGCAGUCUGUCACUGACGAACAGAUUAUCCAGCCAAUAGGAAGCGAGGAGCAGGAUGAGUCGAACCUAUUUGGACAGAGAGUAGAGGCAGUGGACCACUCCCAACCUAGUGUGCAUACACUCUCAGAAUCAGUCACACACAACACACACACAAUUGAUAAUCAAACUCACAAUCUCACACCUGCAUGCUCUUAUUCUAUGACUUCUGACCCUUUAUCAGCACACAACACAGGUGAUACACACACACCAGACGUGCCAUAUUCUUUGCUUGGGGCAGAACAUGCACCUCACACACAGAAUUCACAGACAUCCCAUCCUAUCCACAGUUCACUUCCAGUCGUUGCUGCGGAGACAGGGUCAGGGUCUGGGGUUGGAAGUUUGUUUGUGUGUCCAUUCUGUGGGAAGUCACUUGCAUCUCUCAAGACCUUGAAGACCCACAUGCGCGUCCACACGGGCGAGAAGCCAUUCGGCUGUGCUCAGUGUGGGAAACGUUUCUCAGACUCCAGCAACCUGAAGCGGCAUCAGAGUGUGCACACAGGUGAAAGGCGUUACCGGUGCUCGCACUGUGGAAAAGGCUUUGCCCAGUCAGGAUCACUCAAGGUGCACCUCACCAUCCACACAGGUCAGCGGGGGUUCCGCUGCAUAAAGUGUGGAAAAACCUUCAUCUCAAAUGCACAGCUCAGAAACCACCAAAGUCGUCAUCAUCCUCCUCCCACAGUGACUUGAGGUAUGCAUGUGUGUGUAUAUAUAUAUAUAUAUAUAUAUACACACACACACACACACACACACACACACACACACACACACACACACAUACUGCAUGCUGAGUGGUGGAUUAAUGGGACAGAAGUCGUAUUUGUAUCAUAUGGGUAAAGUCUGCAAAAUGUUUGUAAACAUUUUUCUUCUUGUGUACACUAUUGAGUAGCCAAGAAUGUUCCUGUCCUUAAACCUUCUAUCCUUGUCUUGUCUGUGAUAAUUGAAAAAUUAAUUUUGAUUAAUUUUUUAAAAUAUCUUUGUUUUUAUAUAUAUAUAUAAAUAUUUAUAUAUAAAUAUAAAUUUUAUAUAUAUAUAUAUAAAAUACAUUAGGAAGAAAAAUUCAAAUAACAUGAAACUUUGGAACUGUACUGUCCAAAGGUUCCCUAUUUAAUUUGUGAUAGUAUAUUUUGUUAUAGUUGCAGUGUACUUACAGUAAAAUUUAUUUGCAAUGUAUACUUCUGAUGGCUGACUCCUUGCUAGUACUGUUCAUACUUAAGUUACAUUUUCAUGCUCAUCGUCUGAAUUAUAUUAAAAUGGAGAAAAAUGAAAACUAAGAUGGUUAUCAAAUUAGUUUAUUGAGAAUUAUAUUCUGCAUUUCAUGACCCAUUGUAAAAAUACAUAAAAUACCUGGUAAAAACACUUGCGAUUUUGCAAAAUUCUGUGUACAAAUGCACCAUACAAACUAUGUAAAUUUAUUACAUAUUUAUAGACAGCUGUUCUAUUUCUACUAUCACUGUAAUAUAAAUGUGCCAGCUAAGUAAAAUCUAUAGUUAAGGUUAAAUUUGAAUUAAGUGCAUUUAAUCCCAAAUUGAGAAUUGCAGUGGGAAUAUAUUCAUGCAUGUGUAGCAAAUUAGUUCAUGUAUUACAGCACUGGCAGUUCAGUGGUUAUGGCCCCUGGUAGGUACCAUCAUGCCUGCAGGUCACAGGGCACAUUGACUGCUUUCCCCAUAAGCAACUCGCAAAACCUCAAGUACUCUUUUGGGUACUUGCCAAGUCACUCCAUUCUUCUUCAAACAAUGUGU